AUGGGCAAAGGGAAGCCUUUUUCUAGAUGGUCAUUCGCAUAUGGCACAAACACCGUUUGUAUAACCGUCCACACUAUUGGCUACAAGAUGGAAACGAAGAAGUUGCAGUGUGGACAUUGCAAAAAGCUAGCUCCUGAGUGGAAAAAGGCUGUAAACAAGUUGAAGGGGAAGGUCAAACUAGGUCAUGUCGAUUGUGAUGCUGACAAGGGUGAUUCACAUAAGCUGGCAACACUCUCUGCUUCGUAUAACCAAACGCUUCUUUUCAUUUUACAUACUGCAGGCGAUACAGGGCAGGUGAAAGGAUUCCCCACUAUCUUGGUCUUUGGUGCUGACAAAAGCAGCCCAUUGCCUUAUGAGGGUGCUAGAUCUGCAUCGGCCAUCGAAUCUUUUGCCCUGGAACAGCUUUUUUUUUUUUGUUCAACAGCCCUGGAACAGCUUGAAUCCAGUGCUGGACCUGUUGAAGUAACUGAACUUACUGGGCCGGAUGCUAUGGAAGAAAAGUGUGGUCCUGCUGCUAUUUGCUUUGUUUCUUUCUUACCUGACAUUCUGGACUCAAAAGCUGAAGGAAGGAACAAGUAUCUGGAGAUGCUAUUAUCAGUUGCAGAGAAGUUUAAGAAGGACCCUAUCAGCUUUGUGUGGGUUGCUGCUGGAAAGCAACCUGAUUUGGAGAAGCGUGUUGGUGUUGGAGGAUAUGAAUACCCAGCAAUGGUAGCCUUGAAUGCAAAGAAAGGAGCUUAUGCUCCACUUAAAAGCGGUUUUGAGGUUAAACACCUCAUAGAAUUCGUGAAGGAAGCUAAGGCAGGAGGAAAAGGGAAUUUGCCCAUAGACGGAACACUGGAGAUAGUGAAGACAGAAGCUUGGGAUGGUAAGGACGGAGAGGUGGUCGAUGCAGAUGAGUUCUCACUUGAAGAACUCAUGGGAGAGGAUUGAUGCCGUUGCUGCCUCCACUGAGUCUCAAAGGACAAGUUGAACUACUCUUUUACCUCACUAGUACCGUUUUGGUUUCUUGAAAGAUUGUUAAAAUGCCCCAGAAAGCCAGUGACAUCAUUUCAAAGGGUUGCAACAGAGUAAUACACUUUUUGAUUUCAUAUUUAGAUAUACACAGACUUCGGUGUGAA